GUCAUUCCCCUGUCUGACCGCAUUUAAGAAGGCAGGCAACUGGAAGGCUUCAUUACUAUGGCUGCUGCAGCUUUUGAUCCCCUGGGGCCACUUCCAGUCUACCUGGUCUCCGUUAGACUGGGCAUCUAUGAGGAUGAACAUCAUAGAGUGUGGAUAGUUGCAAAUGUGGAAACUUCUCACUCAUCACAUGGCAACAGGAGGAGAACCCAUGUAACUGUCCACUUGUGGAAGUUAAUCCCCCAGCAGGUUAUUCCCUUCAACCCCUUGAAUUACGACUUUCUACCCACGACGUGGAAAUUAGAGUCCAGGAACAUAUACUGGGCAACAGAUGGGACUCACUGGAGAUUACUGGAUCAUUCCCAGUUGGGUGACACAGAGCAACUGAUCCUGAUGCUGGUGUUAGGGUGACUGACUGAUGGAAGCUGCUGGGAAGGUCUUGAUAGCCUGGCUGGCUCCUGCUCCUGUGCCCUCGGGUAGACUUUGCACCCACCCCUCUGUUUGUUCCUCAAGUUUCUAGUUCUACAGCAACUUCUGUCAUGGUCAGACCUACUUUUUACAUGAUCUACUUUCUGUGAGCCUGGUUUGGGUCCUGACCGUUCUCCCUAGCUGGAGACAAACUGCAUCUUCUCUUGCCCACUUUGUGUCUCUGGCCCUGACCUUAUAGAUGGCUUUUCUUAAGACCCCUCCUCCAUUCAAACUCCUUCCACCUGGGCUUCUAGUGCUUCCAGUGGUAGGAGAUUUGCCCCCCAUUUACCUUAGGAUGUCUACAGGUGCCUCUGGAGGAGGUACAGAUAGGGACUCUAUGCCCUGUGGGCCUUUGACCUAUCACUGGCAAGAAGUUUGCCUGGUGCUGGGUAGAGGACACUCUGUGCUCAGUAGCUUAAAGGCUCAGUGUGAGACUUACAGAGAACAUCUGGAGUACUUGUCCAGGUGCUCAGUUCCUUGGCUCCAGGAAGUGAAUCUGACCCUAGGCCUCUCCCACCCCAACUUGUUUUUAACUAAUUAAACUUUACUGUUUUUACUUAA